AUUGAAUACAGAUACAAAUACAAAUACGUAUCACUUGAAUUUAAAAAGACAAUAAUAAUAAUAAUGACAACUACAACAUCGACAAGUGAUACAGAGAUGGCUGAUUCAGCAAAUGGAUCAUCAUCAACACCAACCACAACUACAACCACAACUACAUCUACAACCUCAACUUCAAACAAUAACAACAAUAAUAAUACAUCAUCUGCACCAGGUGCAGAGGGAGGCGGUAGCGCUACAAAGAUAGAUGAGAUCAAGUCUUCGGUAAAGUCACAGAGAGUCGCAACACACAGUCACAUCAAGGGUCUUGGAUUGGCACAGGACGGCACAGCAAACACAAUUGGCGACGGUCUCGUUGGCCAAGCACGCGCACGUGAAGCAUCAGGCAUCGUUGCCGAGCUCAUUCGCUCAAAGAAGAUGGCCGGCAAGGCACUGUUGCUGGCCGGUCCACCCGGCACGGGCAAGACUGCGCUGGCACUGGCGAUCGCACACGACCUCGGCAGCAAGGUGCCCUUCUGCCCAAUGGUCGGCUCGGAGGUCUACUCAUCCGAGGUCAAGAAGACCGAGAUCUUGAUGGAGAACUUCCGUCGCUCGAUCGGUCUGCGCGUCAAGGAGACCAAGGAGGUGUACGAGGGCGAGGUCACCGAGAUCACGCCCGAGGAGACAGACAACCCGCUGGGCGGCUAUGGCAAGACGAUCGCCAGCGUCAUCAUUGGACUCAAGACGACCAAGGGCACCAAGCAGCUCAAACUCGACCCAACCAUCUACGAAUCGAUUCAGAAGGAGAAGAUCACACUGGGCGACGUCAUCUACAUCGAGGCCAACAGCGGCUCAGUCAAGCGCGUGGGUCGCUCCGACUUUUACGCCACGGAGCACGACCUCGAGGCCGAGGAGUACGUGCCCCUGCCCAAGGGCGAGGUGCUCAAGAAGAAGGAGAUCAUCCAGGACGUCACGCUGCACGACCUCGACUUGGCCAACGCCAAGCCACAGGGUGGCCAGGACAUCAUGUCGAUGAUGGGCCAGAUGAUGAAGCCCAAGAAGACAGAGAUCACAGAGAAGCUGCGUCUGGAGAUCAACAAGAUCGUCAACAGGUACAUCGAGCAGGGCGUGGCCGAGCUGGUGCCGGGCGUGCUGUUCAUCGACGAGGUGCACAUGCUGGACAUUGAGUGUUUCUCAUACUUGAACAAGGCGCUCGAGUCGACGCUGGCGCCCAUCGUCAUCUUUGCCACGAACCGCGGCAACUGCGAGAUCAAGGGUACGGACAUUGCCUCGCCACACGGCAUCCCCGUCGACUUGCUAGACCGUCUGAUGAUCAUCCGCACGCUGCCCUACUCCUUCAACGAGAUUGUACAGAUACUUACGAUUAGGGCCACGGUCGAGGGACACAAGAUUGAGGACGACGCACUUCAGUACCUGGCAGAGAUUGGCGACAAGUCAUCGCUGCGCUACGCCAUCCAACUGUUGACGCCAUCGGCCAUUCUGUCCAGGACGAAUGGUCGCCCAUCAAUCAUCAAGGAUGACAUUGAAGAGGUCAGCACCCUAUUCAACGAUGCCAAGACCUCUGCCAAGUUGCUAGAGGAGAAUAAAUCAAAGUAUCUCUACUAA